AUGUCUUCCCCAAAAGGGAGCGUUUCCGACCAUGUUGAGUACACACCUAGCAAAGAUGACAAUGUUACCCAUCUAGCGUUUCAGAUGCCAGCAUGUCUGGCCAACUUAUCACCGGAAGAGAGAGAUCAAAUGGAAAAGAAGCUUGUCCGCAAGAUUGACACGAGACUGCUCAUCAUGAUGGUGGUCAUGUACAUCUUGAACUACCUGGACCGGAACAACAUCGCAUCAGCAAAACUUGCCGGUCUUGAAGAGGAUCUCAAUCUGAAGGGCGAGCAGUACCAGACAUCAGUGAGCAUCCUGUUUGUAGGAUACCUUCUCAUGCAAGUACCAUCCAACAUGAUUCUCAACAAAUUUGGCAAGCCGUCCAUAUACCUUCCUGGGUGCAUGAUGGCGUGGGGCAUUGUAUCGACCUGUACUGCAGCCACUAAGAGCUACGGAGGCCUACUUGCAUGCCGAUUCAUCCUCGGUUUUGUCGAAGCAGCGUAUUUUCCUGGGUGUCUCUAUCUACUUUCUGCGUGGUAUACACGCAAGGAGCUCGUGAAAAGAACGGCACUCCUUUAUUCCGGUUCAUUGAUUUCAGGUGCCUUCUCGGGGCUUAUUGCCGCUGGCAUCACAAACGGUCUGAGUGGUGCACGUGGAAUCUCAGCUUGGCGAUGGCUAUUUAUUAUUGAAGGAGCGAUCACAGUCUUCGUUUCUCUGAUAUCCAUCUUCAUCAUUCCAGAUCUCCCGCGCACAACAUCUUGGUUGACCGAAGAGGAAAAGGCUCUCGCCGCCUGGCGCCAGACAGAGGAUAUCGGAGAGGAUGACUGGGUGGACAGCGAGCAGCAGUCGAUGUUUCACGGGGCAAAGCUUGCUUUCAAGGACUACAAGGUGUGGCUUCUUCUCGGGACGGUCUAUGGAUGCACUGCGUCUGGUGCUGUGACGACAUUCUUCCCAAUUGUGAUGUCAGGCCUCGGUAAAGAUAGCGUGACAACCUUACUCCUAACUACUCCGCCAUACUUGAUCGGCACAAUUAUUGUCCUCAUUGCCGCAUGGCACGCUGACAAGACUGGAGAGCGAUAUCUACACAUCGCACUUCCACCAAUCCUGGCGAUCGCUUGUUUCAUUAUCGCAGUGACGACGACAUCCUUUGCCCCACGAUAUGUCGCGAUGUGCCUCAUGAUCGGAGGGAUCUAUUCAAGCUACGUUGUUGUGCUAGGGUAUAUUUCGAACGUUUUACCACGCCCCGCAACAAAGCGAGCCGCCGCUCUGGCACUGAUCAAUUGCUUGAGCAAUGUCUGCCAGGUCUAUACGCCUUAUCUAUACCCUAACACCGCGGCACCCCAGUAUACCAUGGCAUUUUCAUACAAUAUCGCCAUGUCUGCACUGACAAUUAUCUUCGCUACCAUACUCAGAGUUGUUCUAGGUCGGUUGAACAAGAAAUUGGAUGAGGAGGAGGGUACGGAUAUUGCACCUUCUCCAAGGCAGCAAGAACACGAAGAGCAUGGACUUCCGGGCCAGGCCGUUGCUCGAGGAUUUAGAUUCCUUCUUUGA